AACAAAAGCAUUUCUUCCGUGUCAUCCUCGGACAACAUGGCUUCUUGCAAUGAUCAGGGAAUGCUGCAUUGCCUGGAAUUUCAAGGCUGCAACAAUGAGUUGUUUUUCAUGCUUCUCAUGUCAUGAAAGGAGAGCAAAAUAUGGCAGCAGGAAAGAAGGACCACUUGCUUCCGCUGAAUCGGAUAAAGAUGCCUCUCCAAAGACACAGCCACAGCCUCAAUCACAGCCGUUGCAACAGCCACCAAAUGAUGAUCAUAGAAAGACAACAACAACAGAAGCAACAAAUGACAAGGCUACACACGUAGGAGGAGAUAACAACAUUGCUGCUCAAACAUUCACGUACAGGGAGCUAGCCACGGCAACAAAGAAUUUCAGGCAAGAAUAUCUGCUCGGAGAGGGUGGUUUUGGACGGGUGUAUAGAGGCCGACUUGAGAAAAUGGACCAGAUGGUAGCUGUCAAGCAGCUUGAUCGUAAUGGGCUGCAAGGAAAUCGAGAAUUUCUUGUAGAGGUUUUGAUGCUGAGCCUUCUGCACCACCCAAAUCUGGUAAAUUUAAUUGGCUAUUGUGCCGAUGGAGAGCAGAGGCUUUUGGUAUAUGAGUAUAUGCCAUUGGGGUCCCUUGAAGACCAUCUACUCGACAUUCCACCAGGCCAGACUCCAUUAGCCUGGUCCAUAAGGAUGAAAAUAGCAUUACAUGCUGCCAAAGGUCUGGAGUAUUUGCAUGAUAAAGCCAGUCCUCCCGUCAUUUACCGUGACUUGAAAUCAUCCAACAUCUUGCUGGACAGGGACUUUAGUGCAAAACUUUCUGACUUUGGGCUGGCGAAGCUUGGACCUGUAGGCGACAAAUCACAUGUAUCUACGAGGGUAAUGGGAACAUACGGCUAUUGUGCUCCCGAGUAUCAGAGAACAGGUCAGCUUACUGUAAAAUCAGACGUCUAUAGCUUUGGAGUUGUUCUGUUGGAAUUGAUCACAGGACAAAGAGCUAUCGAUUCCCGGCGAAGACCCGAACAACAGAAUUUAGUGACAUGGGCCGAACCAAUUUUCAAGGAUCCACACAGAUUCUGCGAACUGGCUGAUCCAAUGCUUCGCGGUGACUUCCCAAAGAAAAGCUUCAAUCAAGCUAUUGCCGUUGCAGCCAUGUGCAUUCAAGAAGAUGCAUCAAGCCGUCCUUUCAUCAGCGAUGUGGUGACUGCACUCAGUUGCCUCCCCUUGCAGCCCGACACAGGAUACGUGCCUCCCAUUUCAAUUCCAUCUCCACCGUUGGCAGGAAGCCAUGCGAGACAUCAGAGCGAAAUCACAGCCAAGGAACGGGAAAAAGCAGUUGCAGAAGCCAUAGCAUGGGGCGCUAAGUCAAGGAACAGUUGUGCAAAGUAGCCUGAUAAUGGUUAUUCUUGUGUGAAACACAAUGUAUCCCCUUGCUGUUAGUCCCCUUUUUUUUUUUUCAUUUUUUCCUUUUUUUUUUUAAAUUUCUAAGGGUAGCAAUUGAAUUCUAGAGGGAAGAAGGAAGAAUUUGCAAGA